AUGAUUACUCUACUCAAAAAGGGCAAGGGCUACUUUAAAAAGAAGAAUUUAACAGGAAAGACACCUAAUCUUCCUAAGCAAAGCGCUUCCUCAGAGACAUGCUCUACCUAUGAUACACCGCCUUCUUCUCCAGAAGCUUAUUCUAAACCGCAUACGCCGUCUUCCUCUUCAGAAGCAUGUUCAGUGCCUCCCACAUCGCCUACUUCUCCAAAAAUUUAUUCCAAGCCGCAUACACCGUCUUCCUCUUCGGUACCUCAUACAUCGUCUACUUCUCCAGAAACUUAUUCGAAGCCGCAUACACCGUCUUCUUCAGAAACGCAUUCAGCAGAGCUCGAAACAAGACUGAGCCCCGAAGAAGUGAAUAAUGCCACUCAAGCACGAAACACGGAUGUACCCGACGCACCAUCUUCCAUUUCAGAAACACACUCGGCGCCCGUCACGCCCUCGUCCUCUUCAGAAACACGCACGCUAGAUACUUCUCCUGAAAGUCCUCACGCUCGUAAAGAAAACCAAAAUGACAACUUGCCAAGGCAGUUAGAUCCUAAUAGGAGCAUUUCCGGCUUGGAACCCCUUGAAAUAGAAGAAGUUUCAAGAAAAUUAAUUAAAAAAUACAAGGGUUGGAGCAAAGAAGCAAAGAAGAGGCGACAUACCCGUUUACCAGAACACAAAGCACUGUAUGAAAGAAAGCUAAAUAGAUAUAUAAUACAAUUAAGAGAUGAAGAGCUUCGUCGUGAAAACGUUCCUGUUAAUAGGGAGACUGUCGUAGCAAAUUUAGACACGUUUGUCGUAUUUUUGGAAAGACUGAACACCCUGAAUGAACGAACUGCUGCAAACAUCAGCAAGUUAUUCUAUGAACUUUUUAAUGGUGAAAACAACGUUCUUUUUGGAGAAGCAAUGUUUGCUAGCAAUCGAACUAAAAAGAAGCAGGCCAUAGAGGAACACAUUAUCAAAAAAAGAUACGAAGAAAGCAACCCUCCAAAAUAA